AUCAAAUAGCAAGAAGUAUUCGCAUUGCUGACACCCCCACACUCCAUACUCUUAAAGUGACCGUGUUUCACCAAUAAUAGUGUUGAAAAUUCUGUUACGAUAUAUGGACAUCGUAAUAUAAUUUUGGGAAACUUAUCUGUCUUCGCGAUUCGUUUGGUACUUGGCUGAAAAUCUGUUCAAGAUUCAAGAUGGGCAGAUUCAAGAAUCGAAGAUCAAGAAUCGAAUCGAAGAUCAAGAAUCGAAGACGAGGACGAGAUUCGGCAUACCGAAACUUCGUCAUGACUGUGUUAUCAAGAUUGGCUGUUACAACAUUCAGGCACUCGAAUGGUGUUUUAUUUAGGGGACUUGGAAGAGGAGGCCCACCUCCUGGCCACAUAUUUAGAGGGUUACGUCAGCCUCGGAGAGCUAACAGAAAAGGUGGUAUGAAUUUGGCUCCAGAGUCAGGCCUAGAAAUGCCAAAUGAGCACAAUAUGGGACCAGGAUUAUUAAAGAGUAUUUUAUUUGCAGCAGGAUUUUGUGGUACAACAUUUGUUGGGGUUAGUAUAUGGCAGUAUGAAUCUUUAAGGGAAGAAGCAGAGAGAAACUCUUGGUCAAGAUGGGCCAAUCAGCAGUGGAAUUCACUGGAAGGCUGGCAACACAAAGAGGGAGGGUUUCGACAAGAAAUCAACAGAUUAUGGAACAGUCUUAAUGAAGGGCAAAAAGUGUUUUGGCCUAUAUGCUUUCUCAAUGCUGUUGUGUAUGGUUGCUGGAACAAUCUCUCUUUACGAUCAACAAUGUUUAGGUACUUUUGCUCUAACCCAGCAGCUCGUGCUGUAUGCUGGCCCAUGUUUUUAUCAACAUUCAGUCAUUAUGCAUUUUUCCAUUUUGCUAUAAACAUGUAUGUACUCCAUAGCUUUAGUACUGGUGUUACUUCGUCAUUAGGUAAAGAACAAUUUUUAGGUAUGUAUCUUUGUGGUGGAGUUAUAUCUUCACUAGCAAGUCAUGCCUUUAAAGUUGCUUCCCGAUGUCCAGGGCCAUCACUAGGUGCUUCAGGUGCUAUUAUGGCACUUCUUGGUUACUUCUGUACAACUCAUCCAAAUGCACAGCUUGGUAUAGUAUUUCUGCCAGGCUUUACAUUUUCAGCAGAUACUGCAAUAAAAAGCGUCAUGUGCUUAGAUGCUGUAGGUAUGGCUCUUGGUUGGCGUAUGUUCGAUCAUGCUGCUCAUCUUGGUGGGGCACUGUUCGGGGUGUUAUAUGCAUACUUUGGUCCACGAUACAUUUGGCCCAAAAGUGAACCUCUGAUGAGGCAGUGGCAUGAAGUUAGAACUGAAUUGUCAGAGAAAAUAGAAGGAAAACCAACUAAGGAUUAGAUUUCUCAAUUAAUUGAUGUGCAUGAAGGCUGUGUAAGUGAAGUGAUUGACACUACUAGUAGUAUCAUAAUACAUAAGUGUUUUUGAUCAGUUUGUUACUGUGCUUCUCCCAGGGAAAUAAGAAGAUGGCAGACAUAAGUAAUGACAGAAUUUCAUAUGGUUCAUAUGGUGUUGCACAUAGUGUAAAUAGUGUUAUGUGAGAUAAUUGUGUAAAUACAGUAUGUCGACUGUUAUGAAGGUGCUUUACAGCAGUACUGAAAAUUUUUAAAUGUGAUCAAUAAAGUUAAAGGUACAAUUACCUUCACAGUAAGUGGAAUGUUUAAUGAUUUUUAUGUAAAUACAGUGUCAUCAUGUAGAAACAUGGUGGAUUUCAUAUUUAAUAUUAAUGGGGUAAUUUCGAGUACAUUUGUCACUGGUUUAUAUGAAUGCAUGAAAUCUAUUUAUAUUUUGUUAGAUUAUAUAGUUUCACUUUCUUUCUAUUAUGAAUAAAACUUUUCUCUUUUA